AUGACCCAGGGGACGGCAAAUGAAACAGAAUCGGCGGCAAUGACCCCAACGCACCAGCCAGUCAGCAUCGAGACCAUCAUCCUCGUGGUCAUGCUGACUGUGUUCUUCAUCGUUGGUUCCAUCGGCAACGGAUUAGUGGUGUUUGUUUUCCAAGUAAACAAGUCCACAGCACAAGUGUUCAUCAUUAGUCUGGCGAUCAUUGACCUCUUCACCUGCAUGGUUAUCAUCCCAUUGACGAUAUUCGUGGAGUACUCCAACGCCGACAUCAAGUACGACUUUCUCUGCAAGCUCUACCACUUUCUGCUAACCUCCAAGAUACCCAUGUCAGCCUUCAUCAUGGUGGCUAUCGCCUUCGAUCGCUACUUCUGCAUCUGCCAUCCCUUGAAGAGAAUCAUCACCGUCAACCGGGCCAAGAUCAUCGUCGUCUGCCUCGGCCUGCUUGCGUGCGUCUUUGGGAUCAUCACUUCUUUAUUUUACGGGGUUUAUCAAAUUGUCUGGCGGUACGACUGGAAGAAAAUUGAUGAAAUAGCGGGGACUAAUUUUACCAAAGUUAUCGCCGACAUCCAUUCGCAACCUUCCCGAUUGGCGGCGUAUACCAACAUGCACGAAAACGUGGGCUCCUUCUUACAGUCAAACCAUUUUAUUUUCAACGGGACGGGUCAUAACGGGGUUCCUGUUGUUACAGAAAUUGUGUAUAUGGGUAUAUGCACCCCGCCAGGAAUCAACUUCGGCGUCCCUCUGUUUCACGCUUAUCAGCGUACCUACAUGACCGUGUACCCGAUCUGUCUGAUUGCCAUUAUGAUCCUCUACUUCAUGAUCUACCGGUUUAUGUGCUUGAGAAGGUCCAAAAAGCUGCAACAGAAGCUGACUAUGUGCUCCUAUGUGAAUGGAGACGGCACCUAUGAGAAUACCCGCCUGGUCAGUGCUGGAAAUGACGAAUCCCGUCGCGACAGUAAAAAUAAAACCACGCCUAAUAUUGAAACUCCUGGACUCUUUCCGACAUCCAUGUCUAACAGCAAUGGCUUUACUUCCGCAACUAGUCUCCGCAACUCCCCGGAAGAGGGUAAUGGAACACUCAGCUCACAAGAGAAGAAAAGUUAUAAUUUUCUGAAUGAAGGAACUGGGGGAGAUAAUAUUUCUUGCAGUGCAACAAUUUCCACGAGUAUUCUGACGCCACUGGACAACGACGACAACGUACCGAUUCUUAGCUUCAGCAACAGCUGCAGCAGCAACUUGAGACGAGCCGCCUCGGACCGCGCCCAGUUGGUGUCUGGUAGGCGCCACAGCCGACUUCCUGAUCAGAAGUACCACUGGCACAAGAACAGAGACUCAAUGAAACGCUACAAGGGAAAAUCCAAAAGGCGGAAGUCGCAGUACAGCUGCGAUGCUGACCGCCUGAGGGAAGAGAACCGGGCAGCUAAUGUCCGGACGGCGUUGAUGCUGUUUACUGUGACCCUUGUUUUUAUGAUCGCCUUUGUGCCUGCAUGGAUCAUGGCGCAUCGCCUCAUUCCCUAUAUCGCACCUGUAUAUAAUUUGUACUUUUUGUACAACGUUGCGAACCCUUUCAUCUACGCCUUUAUGAACAACACCUUUAAAAACUACAUGUACAAAGUGAUAACCUGUCGAAGACUGACCAUCUCCAAUAGGAGAGAAUCUUGA